CAGACGCGCCCUGACCGACAGUCCGCGUUACUCUCGGCCCAUAGGGCCAUAGCCCCGCCCCUCCAAGACCCCACCUAAGGAGACCCCGCCCCUAUAAUCCCCGCCCCCGUGUGACCCCGCCCCUCGAGCCUCCACCCCCGGGACGGGGCCGAGGCGGGAGGUGCGGCGGGUGCAGGGAGCUGGUUCGUCCUGCUCUGCGGCGGCGGAUCGGAUCUGCCUCCCGAUUGUCCUUAGCUGCGAUCCCGAGCUGUGAGCUGUGAGCUGGGGAGCUGAGCCGCGGCGCGUGGACCGCGGCUGCCGAGCAGGGGGCUGACAGGACAGACGACUCUUCGGUGAAGUGUGGCUGCAGGCCAUUGAAUUCCCUGGAGCAUCCUGAGACAAGAGAGUGGAGGGCGGCCACGCACCUGCAGCCUGCAUCAUGCCAGCACUGUCCACAGGAUCUGCUGGCGACAUGGGUUUGUAUGAGCUGUUGGCUGCUCUGCCCGCCCAGCUGCAGCCACAUGUGGAUAGCCAGGAGGACCUGACCUUCCUCUGGGACAUGUUUGGUGAAAAGAGCCUGCAUUCACUGGUCAAGAUUCAUGAAAAACUUCACUACUACGAGAAGCAGAGCCCGGUGCCCAUUCUCCAUGGUGCAGCAGCCUUGGCUGAUGAUCUGGCUGAGGAGCUCCAGAACAAGCCACUCAACAGUGAGAUCAGAGAGCUGUUGAAACUGCUGUCAAAACCGAAUGUGAAGGCUUUGCUGUCAGUACAUGAUACUGUGGCUCAAAAGAGUUACGAUCCUGUAUUGCCUCCUAUGCCUGAAGAUAUCGAUGACGAGGAAGACUCUGUGAAAAUAAUACGCCUGGUCAAGAACAGAGAACCCCUGGGUGCUACGAUUAAGAAGGACGAGCAGACGGGGGCAAUCGUCGUGGCCCGGAUCAUGCGGGGAGGGGCUGCAGACAGAAGUGGUCUCAUUCAUGUGGGUGAUGAGCUGAGGGAAGUGAAUGGGAUUCCAGUGGAAGACAAGAGGCCUGAGGAAAUAAUACAGAUCUUGAGUCAGUCCCAGGGAGCAAUUACAUUUAAGAUAAUACCCAGUGCCAAAGAGGAAACAGCUUCCAAGGAAGGCAAGGUGUUUAUCAAAGCCCUUUUUGACUACAAUCCAAAGGAGGACAAGGCGAUCCCGUGUAAGGAGGCAGGGCUCUCUUUCCAGAAGGGAGACAUUCUUCAGAUUAUGAGCCAGGAUGAUGUGACGUGGUGGCAGGCAAAGCAUGAGGGUGCCGCCAACCCCAGAGCUGGCCUGAUCCCCUCCAAGCCCUUCCAGGAACGGAGACUGGCUCUGAGACGGCCAGAAGUGGUAGUCCAGCCUCUGAAACUUUCCAACAGGAAAUCAUAUGAGGACUCAGUUGAAUGUGAGGAAAUUAAAGAAGAUGCCGGAUAUGAUGGUAACAGCAGCGGAACUUACAUAGCUGGUUUUAGAAGAAGUUUCCGUCUUAGCAGAAAAGAUAAGAAAACAAACAAGUCUAUGUAUGAGUGCAAGAAGAGUGACCAGUAUGACACGGCGGACGUGCCCACAUACGAAGAAGUGACACCGUACCGGCGUCAGGCUCAUGAGAAGUACAGGCUUGUUAUCCUGGUUGGUCCCGUCGGGGUCGGCCUGAACGAGCUGAAACGGAAGCUGUUGAUCAGUGACACGCAGCACUAUGGUGUGACAGUGCCCCACACCACUAGAGCAAGAAGAAGCCAAGAGAGUGAUGGUGUGGAAUACAUUUUCAUUUCCAAGCAUCUGUUUGAGACAGAUGUACAAAAUAACAAGUUCAUUGAGUAUGGUGAAUAUAAAAACAACUACUAUGGUACAAGUAUAGACUCCGUUCGCUCUGUCCUAGCUAAGAACAAAGUUUGUCUGCUGGAUGUCCAGCCUCAUACAGUGAAGCAUUUAAGGACACAGGAGUUCAAACCCUAUGUGAUAUUUAUAAAGCCUCCAUCGAUAGAGCGUUUGAGAGAGACAAGAAAAAAUGCGAAGAUUAUUUCAAGCAGGGAUGACCAAGGGACCGCAAAGCCCUUCACGGAAGAAGACUUUCAAGAAAUGAUUAAAUCAGCACAGAUAAUGGAAAGUCAAUAUGGCCAUCUUUUUGACAAAAUCAUAGUAAAUGAUGAUCUCACUGUGGCAUUCAAUGAGCUAAAAACAACAUUUGACAAAUUAGAGACUGAUACCCAUUGGGUUCCUGUGAGCUGGUUACAUUCAUAACUCAGGAAAUUUCCAUAAUUGUCUUUUUUAUGGAGUGCAUGAUUAGGUCAGCUACCAUGUUUUUGGUAGGAUAUUUUAAAAUCCGUAUCACUGUCAUAGAUGUAAAGUCUUGAUAAAAUUUUAAUUCAGUUUUGUUUAUAUCUUUUAUGGCCUUAUUUAAAGCAUAUGACUGUACAAUCUAAAAGUCAAAAAGUGCUAUAUUCUUAGCAGAAAUUUGAAUUUCCUGGUUGUCUUUAAUCUAGUUCUGUCUCUGUUGUGAGGCAGUAUGUAGCAAUGUCCAUGCCCACCUGUGCUCAGUGCCCUUCACUUUGCAUGCUUGUGGCUGACAGCAUGGACUUAGCAGCCUUGGGCACCCCACAGAUUUAACUGAGCUGGAAAUAAGACCCCUCCUCUUACUGCUCCUGUACACAAAGUAUGUUCUUAGUGUGCACUUUUAAACACAGAGGAGAAACUCCAUUUCUUUUCUUGAGGGAGUAGUUCACAUAUUAUAGCUUAGGAAAUCCUUUGGAGUACAUAUCAGAGAUGCUGCAAAUAUGCUAUAUGGGAAAAUUGGAUUCUUCUUUUUUUUUUUAAGUUGAGAGUCUCACUGUGCUGUCUACACUGGCUUUGAACUCAGCCCUCCUUUGCCUCAGCCUCCCAUAUACGGGUACAUGCCACUGCAACAGGCUUGGAAAUAGAUUUAAAUAAUAUUAUAGAUGUAGACAAAAACCUUUCCUUGUGGUUUAGUAAGAGUGGGGGUAUCUUAGGGCAAGUAGUGGUUACAAAGCACCUUCUGUUUUAAUCUGUUACUUUUCAGAAGAUACUGCUGGAGUCAAAAUGUUUUCUUCUCUUGCUUUGGAAUUUCUCAGCGAAUUAUAAGAAUGAGACAAGUAUUCUAAAAUAUGUAGCACACAUAUGAGAGUACAGUUAAGGAAAAAGUGAUCAUGUUUCUGUAUUGUGUAAUCACCACACAUUUAAAUUGUGCCGCAGUGUGUUUUAGAAACCUAUAUUGUGUUAACUCUUUGUCACCAAAAUGGUUAACAUUGGCUGGAUUCCAUCUCAACCUAUUCUGAAGGAAGAUAGAUUUUUAAAAGUUUAGAUGACACUGCUCUUUCUUCUUUGAUGCUUUAGGUCUCCAGCAAGUGAAUAAUUCGAAAUAUUACAAAUGUCCCCAGUUCAGAGAGCCAUCCCAGGGAGCAGUGUGAUUCAGUCAAUAGAAAAAUCUUCACAUCUAUGACUUUCAUACAAAAGUUAUUUUUGUUGCUUUGUAGAGAGUUUAAAUGUCAUGUUUAAAGAAAAAUGAAAUGUAGGGAAAUUUUAUAUAUUUGUGAAAUAUUUGA